GAUUCGGCAAAAUAUUGUUGUGUGACCUUGUGCACCAUAGCUAUGGAUUCUGGGUUUCCAUUGGAGAUCGACCAACCUGACAGAGGACCUGGUUUCGUAGGCAUUCAGUUCUGUCAGGAGUGCAACAACAUGCUGUAUCCCAAGGAAGACAAGGAGAACAAGAGACUGCUCUAUGCAUGUCGUAACUGCGACUACUCUCAGGAGGCAGACAUUAGCUGUGUCUACGUCAAUAAAAUCACACAUGAAGUUGAUGAACUGACAGAGAUUGUGGCAGAUGUUGCUCAAGACCCAACUCUUCCGCGAACAGAAGACCACUUGUGUCCAAAAUGCCAACACAAUGAGGCAGUGUUCUUCCAGUCCCAGAGCAGAAAAUCAGAGGAUCAGAUGAAACUCUACUACGUUUGCACCGCUGAAGACUGUGGACACAGAUGGACAGAAUAAACACUUAUUUCUGUAGCCUUUUCCCACUCCAUCGCACAUUUCUACAAUGUAGUUCUCCAACUUUGAACAUUUUAACGUGACAAGACCUGUACAUUAGCGUAUUGCAAUACACAUAAAAAAAAAACUGAUAAAAUUCUGCUAAAAUUUAUAUACCUCUAGCAUAAUAGGUCAAGGUCACAAAACACAGAAUAUGGAUCAAACAAGCAGUUUUAAUGCACAGGCUAUAUAUACAUGUAUUUACUGAUGAGAGCAGUUAGAUGUGCUGAUCAGCGGUGGACAGGUGGUAGCUCCACUGCGAAAAGGCGGGGUUGGCGUCUAGGAAGAGGUUGCGGUGUUCUGCAGACACGGGAUGAGGUCGUUCCUGUAGAGACACACGGAGAGCCCGAGCACAAUGGCGAUUACAGCCACCAAGGUGACUAGGAUCCCCGCAAUGACACCGGCCUCCAGCCCAAUUGAGCCAGUAACGCCCAGCUUCGGCGAGCAAUCCAGUCCCAGCGCUGCCCCGGUGCAGGUGUAGCCGCGGGGCUCGUCCGUGUACGUGCAGGUCCCGUCCGAGCACCCCACCUUUACGAACUCCAGUCCUCCCUUGGUUCCGUAGGCCGUGGUGGAGGCCUCGGAGUCGGAGAAGCCCGCGGCCUCGCAGAGGGCGUCCGUGUCGUCAGACUCGAAGUCGGUGGAGCAGACUUGCCGAGGUGCGCUGUCGCCCACCGUGAUCUCGACACGCCCUUUUGUCUGGGAAGGCCCAUCCGCCAGAAUCACGCUCACAUCCUGACCCUCUGCACACACCAGAGCGAUGGUGGCGACGAGAAAUAGUAUCGACUUCAUGGCGGCGGCGGUUUCCUGAGCUGUCUGAGAGACGAGGAGAGAUGACCAGGGAGAGGCUCUGCAACUUGCAAACGCCCAACAGAGAAUCACAAGGUGUAAACCAACCCCUUCUUUUGCGGAAGUCGUA